AUGGAAACUUUCACCAUUUCUAUAACCAAUCAAGACUUGGUAAAGCAAGAGCCAGUAACAUUAGUUUCUGCAAAGAACCCAAUGCCACUUGAAACAAUUUUCCUGUCUAACGUUGACCAAGCAGUCUGUUUCCCUGUUGAAACAGUCUUCUUUUUUGAUGUCCCUCCAGACAAGAGCUCCUCAACAUUGGGUAUCUCUCUUCGAGUGAAGCAAGCGGUGGCUGAGGUGCUUCUUGGUCCUUACUAUUUCAUGGCUGGAAGGCUCAGCUUUAACCAGCAAACCAACAGGCUGCAGCUUCUUUGCAACAAUGCUGGAGUUUUGUUUGUGAGCGCAACAUCAAGGCGUAGGUUGAAAGAUCUUGGGAAUCUUUCCCUUCCAAAUUCUACAUUUCAUCAGUUUGUUCAUCGGCCAGGCUUAUACCUAAACCUAGAUGAAACAGCACUGCUCACCAUACAGGUCACAAGGUUUGCAUGUGGAGGUUUCUCCAUUGGUUUUAUGACAAACCAUGCUAUCCUAGAUGGAAAAUCGGCCAGUGAGAUGUUUGAGAACCUUGCCUCUAUUUGCAGAGGUGAAGGGCUACAAACCAAAGUUAUCUACAAUGAUAGAACAAGCUUAAAAGCAAGAAAUCCAGUACUGAUUAGUUACCCGCACAAGGAGUAUGUAAAACUAAAUAAGAAAUCAUCACGUACUUCAUGUUUUACUGCACCAGAACAAUCGCCGCCUCCAUUGAUUUUCUCAAAAAUAUACACUCACAAACUCUACUCUUUCACUCCUGAAAUGAUCACCACCCUAAAAAAGAAAGCAAUGACUAGGUGCUCAAGCUUCGAAGCUAUAGUAGCUCACAUUUGGAGAGCAAGAUCAAAAGCGAUAUUCACAAACUUAGAUGAUUUGUCUACAGUUCUUUUUGCAGUGGACAUAAGGUCUAAAAUUUCACCCCCUUUGCCAAAUGGCUUUGCAGGCAAUGCUGUGGUCACAGCAUUUGCUGAUGCAAAAGUGGUUGAUUUGGUAGAGAAGCCAUUCUCCCUCUGUGUUGAGAAGAUAAAGGAAGCUAGAGAAAGGAUAACAGAUGAGUAUGCGAGGUCAGUGAUAGACUGGCUGGAGGUUCAUAGAGGGGUUCCAGCCACUUGCAAUGGGACUUUCUAUGUGUCUGCUUGGUGGAAACUUGGAUUCAAUGAGCUUGAUUUCGGAUUUGGGAAGCCAGCUCAUGGAGGGCCAGUUGUUAGUGGGAAUGAUGAAUUUGUUCUGCUGCUUUCUGAUGCAAAAUGUGGAGAUAGUAGUGGAGGGAUCAAUGUGUGGUUGGGCCUUGAAACAGAGAAAAUGAAGAGGUUAAUGCUUCAUAUCUUUGACAUAUGA